AUGAACGGCUCGCAACCUCCACAAAGUGCAGGAGCGGAUGGCGACACGGUAGCAUCGGCGCAGGCUGCUGUAUUCGUCCAGUCACAACCUCUACCUGCUGACACACCUACCGUCGUUGGACCCGACUUCGAACACCAAGACCCAAACGACUUGGCAGCACUACUCAAAAGCAUGUCCAAGGUCGGCUUCCAAGCCUCCGGAGUCUCAAAAGCCAUCGAGAUAAUCGAAGAGAUGCGUCAAUGGAGACUAGCCACCGAUUCAGCCUAUCUCGCCAACACGGACCCCGAGAAGCCCAGCCUUGUUGACGCACAAAACACACAGUGUCGUAUCUUCCUCGGCUUCACCUCCAACCUCGUCUCUUCAGGAUUGAGAGAAGUGAUCAAAUUCCUUGUGAAGAACAAGAUGGUUUCGGCCCUCGUCACAACAGCAGGCGGAAUCGAGGAGGAUUUGAUCAAAUGUCUCGGUCCCACUUAUCUCGGCGACUUUGCAUUGGAUGGCGCUACACUACGCAAGCAAGGUCUCAAUCGUAUCGGCAACUUGUUGGUACCCAAUGACAACUACUGCAAGUUUGAAGACUGGGUCAUGCCGAUUCUUGAUGCGAUGCGUGCCGAGCAAGGCGAUGAUGUCUCCAAUGCGUGGUCGCCAAGCCGUGUCAUCGAGAGGCUGGGCAAAGAGAUCAACAACGACAGCAGCAUUCUCUACUGGGCAGCCAAGAACGAGAUCCCCGUCUUCUGUCCUGCACUCACGGACGGAAGCCUGGGCGAUAUGAUCUACUUUCACUCGUACAAGAAUCCAGGGUUGACAAUGGAUCUGGUGAAAGACAUUCGCAGGUUGAACGAUCUCUCGGUCAAAGCACCCAAGGCGGGGAUGAUCAUUCUAGGUGGAGGCGUAUGUAAACAUCAGAUUGCAAAUGCGAUGCUCUUCAGGAAUGGGGCUGACUUCAGUGUCUACAUCAACACAGGACAGGAGUUUGACGGGUCAGAUUCAGGAGCCAGACCGGAUGAGGCUGUUAGCUGGGGAAAGAUCAAAUCGGCUGCGAAUGGUGGGAAGAACGUCAAGGUGUAUUGCGAUGCUACUAUCAUCUUCCCCAUGAUCGUUGCUGCGACGUUUGGCAAAGCUUUCUGGGCAGCGAAGAAGGCGACAGCAUAG